CCACAGAACCCUAAAACCCCCACAGUACUCUUUUCUUAUACUCAAUCGUUGCUCCCAAGGCACUAAUUUCAUGUUUCAACGAAUUCCAACAGCCGAUCCGGUGUGUUUACCGAGUUCCUGCGUGCGCAUGUUGAUCUAGAAGGUUCGAUUUGUAUUGAACUGGAUUGGAUUGGUUUGGAUCGAUGGCGAUUUCCGAUGCAGUGGUGGGGAAUUUAACGACGAUAUACCUGGCGGUGAUCGCGGCGACUAAGGCGUACGGUUUGGCGGUCGGUCGGAGCUUCAGCGGCGGAGGUGUGCUCGUGCUAUCGACGGCGAUCGUGGCGGCGAUCCUCAUCGCGAGUCUCGCUUGGGACGUGUGGCGCAAGGCGGCGCAGGCGCUCUUCGCCGCGCGAGAGCACAGCCACGAGAUGUGCCGCGGAGGCAUCUGCUGGCACGGCGUCGCCGUCAAGUCGCCGGCGUCUCAGAUUUGAAAUCAAUCUCCGUUUUGCAACACUGCAAAAAACAUGCUGCUAUGUAGCAUAUAACUUGCAGCAAAAUCUGUGGCUGAAUAACGAUCCAAGUAUAUAGCAGAGUUUUGGAUUGAGAUUUUGAAUUUCCAAUUCAUUCUGUUCCAUGAAAAAUUCUGUAUCACAUUUGUAUAUAAAUAAAACGAAAUGCAUUGUUGUGUGUAGCAAAUUAGAAACGCUUAUGGAUCUCCUCCUCUGCUAUUUCAAUAUUGUAAACUUUUUAACUUGAUUUAAUAAUAUAUAAAAAUAGAUUUAUUUUUAACUUAGA